AACGAAGCCGACGAACGUUUUUAUUUAACUGACCCACUGAGUGCGCUUGCUGAAGGUUGGUAUUAUUUACAUAUAUAGAAAGGUGUUCUCGAAGAUACAAUGGAGUUGACAAAGGAAGAGUCAAAUGGAAUCCUGAAAACCGUUCUACAUUUGGAUUUACCUGACGAAGACAUACUAAAACCUAAUUUAAUACUUCUGAAUAAAAUCAUAAUGGCCGUUCACGAACAUUUACCAUUCCAAAAUCUAACACUAAUGGCAGAAAAUGUAGCUGAUCGACAUCGACCAACCUGGUGUGAGAUAAAGUCUGCCAUGUUGAAAAAUCAUGGCGGUUUGUGCUAUCCCAUGAACCUAUUCUUGUAUCGUUUAUUGGAAGUUAUUGGCUAUGAAGUAACCAUGGCCCAUUCCACUAUUACACAAUGGACAAACAUCAAUAAAAAUGAUCACGUGGUUGUAUUUGUUCAUAACGUCAACAAUGAAGGGGAUUUAUUUCUCGCAGAAGUUGGCUUGGGUUGUCCCACAUUUGAUGCUAUUGAUAUGUCUUUCGAUAAAGAGUCGAAGAUUUACGAAGAGUCUACGCAUGUUUACAAAUAUACGAAGAGUGGCGGCAAAGGAUUUCGAAUGUACAAAGACCCCGAAGACGCCAGUUGGAAAGAACUUUACGUUUUUGACCUACUCGGAACAAAAAAGAUGGAACAAUUUGAGCCUUACUACGAUCGAAUAUUCACCGAUCCCACCGUAGGGAUAUUCCAUUCUAUAAUUAGAACAGCGGCUUUUCCCAACAAGAAAGCGGUGGCCAUUUCUAACGAUACGAAGACGGUCGAAGAUGAAGAGGGAAAUGUUGAGAAAUCAAAACUGGCGACCGAUGAUGACAUUAUAAAGGAGUACGAGAAGCUGUUCCCACAAUUCGAAGAAUCGAUCGUAAAAUCGGCUUUAGCCAACUGGCGAAGUUUACAAAAAGAGAAAUCAAAGUAGAUGUAAAAUAACCGCAUCAUGUCUGAAAUAAAAAUGUAUUUCCGUCUUAAA